CCCCUCCAUGAGAAUUGCCCACAGAAAAACCACCACCACCUCGGAGCCGGUCAGUCCCUCGCUCGGUUGGGAGCCGUUAUCCGCCGCUGCUGUUGCGUGUGGACUCCUUGGCCAGUCCAGCAGACGGCAACAGAAGCAGUACGUCCAGAGACGACACCGCUCUCUCUCAAUGCUCUGUCUUGGUAACAAUAGCAGCAAAGCAGAGGGAGGGCCAGUCCAGGGGCUCUGCAACGCCCUCCAACCAUGGCAGAGAUCAUUUCAGUUCUGGGUGAGAGCAAGCGACGUCUAUCUCGGUUACAAGGCGUUCCAGUUUCGGGUGGGGUUCGUGAAAGACAAGGCGAAGCAAAAGGAAAUGUGGGAGAGGCAGCAUCAGGUCGCGGCAGACAAGCUCUACUCGAUGUGCUCUGAACUUGGUGGUUUCUUUCUCAAGGCUGCUCAGCUGGUUGGGAAACCGGAUUUGGCACCAGCUGCUUGGGUUAAGAGGUUGGUGACGUUAUGUGAUCGAGCCCCACCAACUCCUUUCGAUGUGGUUCAGACCGUUUUGGAGGAGGAAUUGGGUGGUAAUUUUCGCCAACUGUUUGAGAGAUUCGACGAAGCUCCUAUUGGUUCUGCUUCAAUUGCACAGGUACACAGGGCAAGGAUCAAAGGAAGGAAAGGUGACGUUGCUGUCAAGGUGCAGCAUCCUGGAGUUAAGGAACUAAUGAUGGCAGAUAUACGUAACUUGAGAGCAUUUGCUACCUUUUUACAGAAAGAAAUUAAAUUUGACGUUGUUUCUGUCACUUAUGAAUUAGAGAAACAGGUUGGGUAUGAGUUUGAUUUCCUGCGGGAAGCUGAUUCUAUGAAGAAAAUACGACAUUUUUUGUCCACCUGCAACAAGAAAUCCCCUGUUACUGUGCCACGUGUGAUUAGUGAGAUGACAACAAGGAGAGUCUUAUUGAUGGAGUUUAUUGAUGGAACCCCAAUUAUGAAUCUUGGUGAGGAGAUGGCCAAGAGAGGCAUCAACCCUGGUGGUAAAGUGGCAGCAAUGGCAAAGCAGAAAAUUCUAAACAGUUUGUCACUGGCUUAUGGUCAAAUGAUCUUGAAAAGUGGUUUUUUCCAUGCCGAUCCACAUCCAGGGAAUAUUUUCAUUUGCAAAAACUCAGAGGUUGCUUUGCUUGAUUAUGGCCAAGUAAAGCAUAUUACUAAUAGGGUGAGGCUUGCAUAUGCCAACCUUGUGGUUGCGAUGGUUACUGACAAUCCUCUGAAGGCAUCAGAGAGCUUCAGGGAACUUGGUAUAGGUACAAGUGAAUGUCCAGAUGGAUCCGAGGAAUUGUUGAAACUGGCUAGAGGAAUGUUUGACACAAAGCUUCCUCCUCAUGUAAAGACCAUGACCCCAUUUUCAGAUAAUUCUGCACUGAAGAAACUAUCAGUCAAGAGCUUUCCAGAGGAGCUUUUCUUUGUUCUGCGAACAGUUAAUCUGUUAAGAGGAUUGAGUGUUGGGUUGGGGAUAAAUUAUUCUUGUGCAGAACAGUGGAAGCCUAUUGCUGAAGAAGCCUUGUCUGCUGUUGGAAGUCAACCAGAUAAACAACGAAGACAUGGCAUCUUCAAGAGAUUGUUUUGGGGAAAGUGAAUAUGUAGCAGAAGAUUGUAUAGAAGAUGCAACAUCACCUCUAUAUGGUACAGAAAUGACGAGGCAGUUCCUUUUAUGCAGCUGACAUUAAAAAAUUAUCAGAAAAAAUGUUAAACCUAGGUGCCUCGUUCUGUGUUCAAGUAUCUCCAAUUCAUUUUUUUUUCUUGUAGAAUAUUCCGUUCUGGCGAUAAGAACACCAGCUAAUUUUUUCCAAUACAAUUCCUUGUAUCUUCCUAUCUUA